CGAUCUGCAUCCGCAACAAGAAUCUGGCUCCGAUCAUUGUUGGAAUCUCUUAUCCGGCCCUUAGCCAGGCAUGGGGGUUGAUAAAUUCAGAUAUAGCUGUGAUUAUUGUAGCAAGAGAACAUAAUCCUCAUGGCCUAUUUUUCCGUCUGUAUUUCUGUCGUUCGUACAGAUACAUGCACAAAGCAACCAUGCCUGUCUCACUACCAUCUCCGUCCAUAAUGACCUCUAGCACGGACGGCAGUACUCUACAUGUUUCUGAGGAAAAUCGAGUCUUCGUUCUGCGACGUAAAGGCGAGUUCCACUAUGAGACACGACCUACACCAGAAUUACCUACAAGCCGACAUGUACUCGUGAGGAUAAUGGCAACUGGAAUAUGUGGAAGCGAUAUCCAUUACUGGAAGCAUGGCGAGGUUGGCCCAUUUGUGGUGCGCGAACCACUUGUGCUCGGCCACGAAUCCGCCGGUAUUAUCAUCAGAUGCGGGACAGACGUCAAGACUGUCCAAGUAGGCGAUCGCGUAGCCUUGGAACCAGGCGUCCCAUGCCGGACCUGCGGAUUCUGUCGCGUUGGAAAGUACAAUCUCUGCGACGAGAUGCGAUUCGCAGCAACCCCCCCAAUCGACGGGACCUUGGCGACGUACUACACCGUGCCUGAAGAUUUCUGCUUCAUCCUUCCACCACAUAUCUCGAUAGAGGAGGGAGCGCUAGUUGAGCCGCUAAGCAUUGCUGUGCACUGCACGAAACUCGCAUCCAUCACCAUCGGGCAGACGGUGGUGGUGAUGGGAGCAGGCCCGAUCGGUCUCUUAUGUUGUGCUGUGGCUAAAGCGUUCGGCGCAUCCACCGUCGUCGCAACAGACAUCGUAGAUUCUCGACUAGAAUUUGCUCAAACAUACGCGGCAACUCAUACCUACAAGAUGCAACAACUAGCACCGGAACAGAACGCAAAGACCAUCAUGUCAAGAUGCGACAUCCCAGCUGGUGCAGACGUCAUCAUCGACGCCACGGGGGUAGAGAGUUGCAUUAGUAGUGGAAUAUUUGCGAUGAAGAAAGGCGGUACAUUCAUUCAAGCCGGGCUUGGAAAUUCGAACAUUAUCUUUCCAGUGGGUGAAUUAUGUGCCAAGGAAGGAGUAUACAAGACAAGUUUCCGAUAUGGUCCAGGAGACUACGAGCUUGCAAUCGAGCUUCUCAAGUCUAGGAAAAUCAGUCUGAAGGAGCUGAUAACUCACUCGUUCGAGUUCGACUGUGCUGAGCAAGCGUUUGUAGGAGCAGGGAGGCAGGAAGGAAUAAAGAGCAUUAUAUAUGGUCCUCGUAAAUGAAUCCGCAGGCUGGGGUGGACGCAUGCGCUGUAGAAGCUGGAGAUGUGAU